AUGACGGCCGAAAAGAUGCCUUUGAUUUUGGACAAUGCAUUGCCGGUGGACCUCAACAACGUCGAUGAACUUUUCGGAGAUGAUGUUCCUUUGCAACUUCCCGUUAGGUCCCGGGGCCAACCGCUGCAACAACGGCUGGACGAUGUCAGAAAUCGGGGGUGCUGCCAGGCCGUAGCCUGGUCAAGAUCUGGCACCAUCGCUUCGCUGACUCCUGAUCGGCAGAACCUUGAGCUCCGGUUUUUGAGAAGCCAUCCUGACAGCGGAGCAUGGGGUCUCAGUGAACCCACCACUUGCGACCUCGUCAAAGGCACUUCCACCGUUCCCCUUGUGCACUUGGAAUGGAGCACGACAAACAGUCCAGAGCUGGCCGUUGUGGAUGCCGCUGGCAGAGUCGCCAUCGUGAGCUUUGCCAUCUCGCUGAAUCAUCCCUUCAUCACUAGGAAGUGGGAUGCUGAUUCCAUUGAUGAUUGCCAUGGAAUCGUAGGCUGCUUCUGGCUUCCCACAGCACCACCAAACCCGCAGAAACCCUUUCACCUCAUGUACGGCCCUGCCAACAAGCAAGGCCACAGUUAUCAUUAUGAGAGCUCCCUCGUAUAUACCCUCGGUCCGUGUCAUCCACACUCUGCCAAAAGUGCCUUAUUUUGUGUCACAAUGGCGGGCACGCUGAAGAUGUACUGGUCGCAAAACAACAACAGGAUGGAAGAGACCGCGAUGGAGCUUGAGAGCGUCAACGCUUCCGACGAGCUGGUUACACAUGCUGCCUUCUCAUCUGACAAGAAAUACCUGCUUGCUGCCAUUGCAACAUCUUCCAGCCAACUGCGACUCCUGAGAAUCGAGAUUCAGUGGGCGGGUCCUGGGUCAUCGUCGGAAAAGAACGCAUUGCCUCAAAAUGCCCGAUUAAGCCCAGCAAUUGUUGAGACACAUGUCGCUUCAGCUAACUGGCUCUACGGCGGACCCAACGACAUCAAUGUGGAUGCUUCCAUCUCCAAACUAUCCUUCAUCAAGGUCUUGCCUGCCAUCGCGGACAAUGCCGGACCCAGCACAGCUACCCCUCUGAUAUUAACGCUGAGAUCGAGAAGCGAGAGCGAGACUUAUCAAGAAGCUCAAACUAUUUUGGAUCGAUGGGAAGUUGUCGAAUCCAAGCAGAGCCUUGACCCCGCAUUCGAGCAACUCGGCAACCGGAGAAGCAUCUCGUCAGAGCCCCCAAAUAUCACGAAACUGAAGAAGCUGGAACCUAUCGUCGUCAACAAGACUGUCAUUGGUGUCGAAGUUAUUCACUUCGGUAAAACAGUAAUCUUGGCAAUGUCUGACGGCUCGAUUGAGUAUCGUGAUAGAGACACAUUUGAAGAGAUUUGCGGGAAUCACGACGUCGCUAGAAUAAUGACCAUGCGGCAGGCUGGAUGGUCAUUUUCCGACGAGGGACCUUGCCUGCAAGCCGCGUUAUCGCCCACUUGCUGUUCGAUGAUACAAGUUGGGGACGACGGAAAGGUCAAGUGGAACCAGCUCCAGUAUUCUCUGGGCGAUUUGGGAAGCUCUAUUCAAGACGAGAACUACUCGGCUACAAUCGCGUCCAUCACCAUCACUGCUGCAUCAACAAUAUGGUAUCAGAGCAACUAUGACGACCUCCUCGCAGUUGUUCAGCCAAUGGCGACCAAGAAGAGAUUCGUUCUAGAUUGGGUCAGCGAACUCGUUCGCAUACUCAAGAUUCAAGUCGACUACUCGGAUGAGAUGCACCACGACGCACUUAUGAGAAACUCAUCAUUGCAGUCCUGUCUCAGUAUAAUGGCUAGUUUGGGCUUCAGGGGCGAAACUCGGCCGAGAUCUUUCCAGAGCAAGUUUGCAAGGCUGAAUUUGAACCUCCGAAAUGUCGUGAUACUCAUCACUCUUGCAAGCAACACGCCGAUCAACAUUCGAGAAAAGAUGAGCCCACUCGAUGAACAUGAGGUUGUGGAUGCUUUGGCAGGCUGCGCAAAGUGGUCGGUGGAGCUCCUGUCUUGGCUGGUCGAUUGUCUGUUUGAGCUCAUGAACGAUGAAGAGUUCACGCAACGCGUGGUUCCGCAGCGAUUUUCCGAGCUGAAUGGGUAUCUUCAGGAGAGAAACGAUGUAUCGUUACACUUGCUGCUCGCGUCUUCGAGCCGCAGUUUCUUAUCGGCAGUAUGUCGCAGGGUGGCGCUGCUUGAAGCCAUCAGCAACAAAGCGAUGGAGUUCUACAAAGAGCAAGCAUCGGGGGAUUCGCCCGCAGGUGGCAAGGCCAUCAACCCGCAGCUCCAGCAGGCAUACCAAAGGAUGCAAAGAGUUACAUCAACAAGCGUCAUCAAGGUCGCCGAGAUGGAGAAGCUGUUGAACGUACUCGGCCAGGACAUCAGACAAGCUUACGCAACUUACCUACCGCAAAUGGUCAAGAGCCAGGCGAAGGCGCCGCAGGGGAAGCACCUGGAUGUUGCCCUUAAGACGACGCAGAUCCAGUUUGAGGUGGCCAUGCUGCUCUGCAGCUCCCUGCCGCCCUUUUUUCUUCCGGUCGUCAAGAAGCUGUUUGCCAAAGACGUUCCGGCUUUGCGCAAAGUUGCCGAUCCGGCAAAGCUUUUCUUUGCGGAUUUUGAACUGCUGGGCGUACAAGAGGAUAAGAGGAGCCUGGCGGCCAGGAGAGCCAAGGGCGUCUAUGUAGACAUGUUCAAGAAGGUGGAGCUACGAAGCGGAUCUGGAGGCGCCAGAUGGAGAAGAUGCGCACGGUGUGCUUCAGUCAUGGAAGACGUGUUUGGAAGCCGUCCGGGCUACACGUUUGUUCUCGGUCAGCAACGCAAGUGCUCGUGCGGUGGCUACUGGGCCCUGCUACCCAAGGGGAAGCUGGUUCUGUGA